AUGAUAGAAAUCGAGCGAUUGAGCACACUAUCGUCUGUCUAUGACCAGCUAGACGCAUUGCUUUCAUCUCCGUCACCACCUCAGUCGAUCUACGUUCAAUCCGCGUCAAACUUGGAUUUUUCGCUCGAACUCUUGCAGCAGCUAUUACGGAAAUCGACAAGCCAACUACCAAAUCAAUUACCCAGCUAUCUUCAAAUCAAUCUGGAUGAGAUUUUGAGUUCGAGAAAUUUGUUCCAGUCGAUUCUCAACCAUUUCUCAAACUGGAAUCCACCUUAUCAUCUUUCCAACAUCCAAUCAUGGAAUGGCCAAACUAGUAUCAAUAAGAGCAAUCCUUCCUCCGCUUUCACUUGGGAUUACUCACAAAUCGCCAACGAACUCAAGCGCAACAGACCCAAGGGCCUACUAUCUCAGAGGAAGAGCAGCUCAUUCGACGGCUUUUGCGACGGACUUCGCGUGAUCUGUAAUGAACUAUCCUCAAAUCCGCUUGACCCGCCAUCAUCAGGCGGCCCAUCGAAAUUCCCAAGAUUUAUCAUCUUGAACAAACCAGAACUGCUCAGAUCAUGGAAGGAAUUCAGUAUUCUCACCUCUUUCACCCGUUUGGCUGAGCUCUCGGGUUGCUCGGUCCAUACCAUCUUUGUCUCCGCUCUCCCUUGGCCGAAAUUGAGGCCCCGAUAUGGUGCACUAGAUCCGAUAUCAAUUGCAAUCCCUAGGCUUUCUGAAAACGAUUUAAUUCAAAUUCUGACAUCUGAUGGACCCCCCGAGGUGGCCACAAUUUCUAAUCAGGAAUUGAAGAAUCACAUGAACGGAAUUUUCCAGGCUUUCGUCACGUUUAUUGUGGCUACUUUCAACUCUCAGACCUCAGCGGACCUGUACGAGCUCUCUAUCCUUGUGAAUCGAUUGUGGCCAGACUGGAUUACUCGAAUGGACGAAAGUGGCUCCUCUUUCAAGGAUACGGCGAAAAUGAUCUUGCUGAGCAAGCCGACGAUUGAACUUGAACAGAAAGCUUACGGGUCUCCGGUUUGGCAUCUUCCUUCUUUUCUGACCAAGCCACCUGGACUAGACGAUUCUUCAGCAAGCACAUAUGAUGACGAGGAAAUGGCCCCCUAUGAAGAGUCCACUGAGUCGCCUCAGAAGCAGACUGAGCUUUCGCCUAAAAAACCACCCCUAUUGCUUUCACCUUCGAAGACGAGGAUCAAUCAGAUCUCUCAAACCCCAUUCUCGACCCCUUCCAAGCCGCGCCAUUAUCUUUCGAUCUUCUCCCCUUCAGUGACGAACCCUUCCUCCCAACCUGGCUCAACAAGCACCCGACAUCGCUUCACGACUCAUUUAACGCCAAUGACACCCAGGAUCCAGACUGUCAAGUUUACCGCUUCAAUCGACAAAGGACCAGUCAUGUAUCAACGCCAGAAAACCAUCGAUACCUUAUCUUUAUCGUUGCCCGUAGUCGCCCGCUUCCUUCUCGUCGCCGCAUUCAUUGCUAGUUUUAAUCCUGCUAGGACCGACAUUGGGCUCUUCUUAACAAGCAAUGACGGGCUCAAGAAGCGCAAGGCAAGGGGACCCAGAAAAAUUCAACCUGGUCAAGUCAUCCGAGCGAAAAUUCGCCAAAGAUUAUUGGGGCCAAAAAUGUUUACAAUUGGAAGGUUGUUGGCGAUUUUCAGUGCGAUAACUGAUCAAGAAGGGAUCAAGUUUAAUGAGAUUGAUGUACUACAACAAAUUGGAACAUUGAUUGAAUUCAAACUGCUACUCAAAGCGAGUUCAUCGACUGCAUCGACACUGACCAGCCAAGCAGAGAAACCACUCGAAUCUAUCAAACUGAUAGUCUCUAAUCUAUCAUCUUCUUCCGAGACUCAAAUUCUAAGGAUCUGCGAUAGUCUUCAAUUUAAUCUUCUAAAUCGCAUGUGGGAAUCUGAAGACUAA